GAGCAUGCUCAGUGUGGUUGCUGGAGUCACUGAGGAGUUUCCACGCGUGCAUUCCGCUUCUCCGGGUUUUAUCAGCAGCCUGUUUUGAAGGGGUUCAAAGGGGGGUGUGUAUAUGUGUGUGUGUGCUGGGGGCAGGAGGUGGCAACCCGGAGCCAGGGCAGAAUUAGCUUUGCAAGUAGCUAGAUUCUUCUCUGCUCAGGACUGUGCUGUUGGCUGUUGCUCCGAGAUGCUCAAGCAGAGCGCUGGGUUUUUUCACCUGCCGCGCUGAGGCAGGGGUGGGGGAUUGGGGAGAGUGGCGGCUGCUGCUGAAGGCAGCUGGGGUGUGUGAGAUGGGGGGAGCGCAUACUGCAGUAUAAUGCGAGCCCAUCUCCUCUGGAGGAGCAAGCUGCUACUGGAACCCCAGCGCCCUAUUCAGGUGCUCUGCAUCUGUCUCCGACCCCCCCAGUAACUUGACACUUCGCUUCUUCGCUUCUCUGGUGCUUCUUUUGGUAUUGGGGUGGUGGGGGGAGGGGGGAGUUUUUUGGGGGAGGAUUGCGGUAGCUUAAGGAGAGAUUCCGAAAAGGAGUCUGCCUGGUAUUUCUCUUCUUCUCCCCCACAUCUCCACUCUCCCCCCAUCACUGGGUACCCGCCGCCCCCCCACCCCCCACCCCCCUCGCCACUACCACUGCUGCUACUGCUUUGCUCUUCGCCAAUUCGGAGAGAGACGGAAGCCUGUGUCAUGCAAUUGGUGCCAAGUGAAGGUGCCCGAGUCUGAAGUGCCCGUGAGGAAGUGAAAGCCAAAUCAAACCCCACAAUGACAGCCAUGAAGCAGGAGCAGCAGCAGUCCAAUCCGGGGGCCAGGGGAAGCCAGGCGCAGCAGCAAGAUCAGGAGCUGGGGAGUAACAGCCCUCCACAAAGAAACUGGAAGGGAAUUGCUAUUGCUUUGCUGGUGAUUCUUGUUGUGUGCUCUCUCAUCACCAUGUCAGUCAUUCUCUUAACUCCAGAUGAAGUUACAAAUUCAUCAGAAACCAGAUUGUCUUUAGAAGAUCUCUUCAGGAAGGAGUUUGUGGUUCAUAAUCCAGAGGCCAGAUGGAUCAAUGAUUCAGAUGUGGUGUAUAAAAACGGAAAUGGACAUGUCAUUAAACUGAAUGUAGAAACAAAUCUCACCACAUUAUUAUUGGAAAACACAACUUUUGUAACCUUCAAAGCAUCAAGACAUUCUGUUUCACCAGACUUAAGAUUUGUACUUCUGGCUUAUGAUGUGAAACAGGUUUAUCACUAUUCAUACACAGCCUCAUAUGUGAUCUACAACAUACAUACGAGGGAAGUUUGGGAGUUAAACCCUCCAGAGGUUGAGGAUUCCAUUCUGCAGUAUGCAGCCUGGGGUGUACAAGGGCAGCAACUGAUUUACAUUUUUGAAAAUAACAUCUACUAUCAACCUGAUGUAAAGAGUAGUUCAUUGAGACUUACAUCUUCUGGAAAAGAAGGAAUUAUUUUUAAUGGAAUUGCUGACUGGUUAUAUGAAGAGGAACUUCUACAUUCCCACAUUGCUCACUGGUGGUCCCCGGAUGGAGAAAGACUUGCAUUCCUGAUGAUAAAUGACUCUUUUGUGCCCAAUAUGGUUAUUCCUCGAUUUACUGGAGGGCUAUAUCCGAAAGCAAAACAAUAUCCAUAUCCUAAGGCUGGUCAAGUGAACCCAACAGUUAAAUUAUAUGUUGUGAACCUAUAUGGACCCACUCAUACUUUGGAACUUAUGCCACCUGACAGUUUUAAAUCAAGAGAAUAUUAUAUCACCAUGGUGAAGUGGGUGAGCAAUACCAAGACUGUAGUAAGAUGGCUAAAUAGACCUCAGAACAUCUCCAUUCUGACUGUCUGUGAAACAACUACAGGAGCUUGUAGCAAAAAAUACGAGAUGACAUCAGAUGUGUGGCUUUCUAAACAGAAUGAGGAGCCUGUGUUUUCCAAAGAUGGCAGCAAGUUCUUCAUGACAGUCCCUGUUAAACAGGGAGGUCGAGGAGAAUUUCAUCACAUUGCCAUGUUCAUUGUUCAGCCUAAAAGUGAGCAAAUCAGUGUGCGGCAUCUGACAUCAGGAAACUGGGAAGUCAUAAAAAUCUUGGCAUAUGAUGAAAGUACUCAAAAGAUUUAUUUCUUGAGCACAGAGACUUCUCCAAGAGGAAGGCAACUGCAUAGCGCAUCUACUGAUGGAUUAUUGAAUCGUCAAUGUCUUUCAUGCAGUUUUAUGAAAGAUCAGUGCACAUAUUUUGGUGCAAAGUUUAGUCCUACAAAUCAACAUUUUUUAUUACACUGUAAAGGGCCAGGUGUUCCAGUGGUCAGUGUACACAGCACCAAGAAUCUUACAAAAUUUUACAUAUUGGAAAGUAAUUCCAUGUUAAAAGAAGCCAUCCAGAAGAAAAAGAUCACCAAGACAGAAAUUAAAAUGCUCCACAUUGAGGACUAUGAACUUCGUUUACAGUUGUCCUUCCCCAAGGAUUUUACGGAUCGAAACCAGUAUGCUCUCUUAUUAUUAAUUGAUGAAGCACCAGGAAGCCAGUUGGUAACAGAUAAGUUUCACAUUGACUGGGAUUCGGUACUUGUAGACUCUGACAAUGUCAUUGUGGCCCGAUUUGACGGCAGAGGUAGUGGGUUUCAGGGGCUGAAGAUUUUGCAGGAGGUUCACCGCAACCUGGGCUCUGUAGAAGUAAAGGACCAAAUAACAGCUGUGAAGUUUUUACUGAAGCAGCCAUACAUUGACUCCAAAAGACUAAGUAUAUUUGGAAAGGGUUAUGGUGGAUAUAUUGCAUCAAUGAUCUUGAAAUCUGAUGAAAGAAUUUUUAAAUGUGGAUCUGUUGUUGCCCCAAUUACAGACAUGAAGUUGUAUGCUUCAGCUUUUGCUGAAAGAUAUCUGGGCUUGCCAUCUAAGGAAGAAAGUGCUUACCAAGCAUCCAGCGUAUUACACAAUAUUCACAGCUUAAAAGAAGAAAAUUUAUUAAUAAUUCAUGGGACAGCUGAUACAAAAGUCCAUUUCCAGCAUUCUGCAGAAUUAAUCAAGCAUUUAAUAAAAGCUGGCGUGAAUUAUACUAUGCAGGUCUAUCCAGAUGAAGGCCAUAAUAUUGCAUCCGAGAAAAGCAAAUAUCACCUUUACAGCACAAUUCUCAGAUUCUUCAGUGAUUGUUUAAAGGAAGAAGUGUCAGUGUUACCACAGGAACCUGAAGAAGAUGAAUAGAAAGAACCUUAUUUAUACAGAACUGAAGGAGAUUUUGAGGUUCAAUGAAACUGAAACAUGACUGUAAUAUUGCAGAUUCUGCAGAGGUUCAAGGGCAGCUAAAGGAGAGGACACUGGAACAGCACACUCAAGAGACAAUGAGCUAAUAAACUGGAAUUUGAAUACAAAAAUCCAAACAUAUUGUGUUGUCAAAGGGAUAAAAUUUUUUCCCCUUUGUUAAAGGUCAAGUGUGGGUUACUGUUUCCUGGAAGAAAUUAGUUUUGCAUAAAAGUAGGGGUAGUGCAUGUUUUCUUCUGUUACCUCUCUAUUUGUUCUGUAAGUAGGAACUCUCAUUUUAAUUUUGAUAGCCACUUUCAUCUUUGCAUCUAAUGCACAACCUAUCCUAAAUAUGACAGUCCUUGAUCUCCCAAGGGUGAGCUGCAAGCUAACACUACUGUAAUGUUACAAUAAGUGCAAUUCCUUUACUGUCUACUAUUACGCAUAAGAAAAAAUAUUCAGUUAAUAAAGGACACAGUAUUUUACGUAGUUUCUGUUUAAAAGAAAGAUAUAUUGGGUGGGCCAAAUCACUUUAGACAGAACACGCUCAAUUUGAAUAUUUUCCAAAUUUCAGUCAUUUCCCAGCAGAUGACAUAUUUCUACCCAAUGCACAAACGUAUGGAUACAUAUGGAUACACGUGUGUGCAAAUGAAGAGCUACUCAUUUUUCACUGUAAAAUAAUUAAAAAGAUCAGCUUUUUAUUGAAUUACAACAGUAACUCUUUUGCAAACUAGAAUGGAUGCGUUGCUUAACAGGCCAAAUAUGAUAAUAUAUGUAUGCAUAUACAUAUCUAUAUUCCCCUAAUUCAAAUUCUAGCUAUUGUUUCCAUACAGAAUGUUUGAGUUGUGUUUGGUAUUUGGUUUCAGUGGUUAAUAGUUUUCUAGUUGUGCUUUAAUUUUUGAAUAUAUCUUGUCACAUGUAAAUUAGAUACAUAAAUAUUAAAUUAUAGUUUCAGAUAAAGGAAUUUUGUUAACAAUGUCAUGCUACUGAGUACUAUUUUGCUAUCCUAGACAAGGAAGUUUUGAACAUUUGGUUCUUAGACUCCAUCAAAUCACUAUAGAAUCAGUUGAUUUUCAUUGUGGAAAACACAUUGCUUGAACAAUCUAUUUGCCAGUUCUUAUUUAGUAUUCCAUGCCUCCCCAUUAAGCUGGUUACUAUUUAAUUUAAUCUUCCUGGUAAGACUGAGACAUGAGAUAUUUUUCAUUCAUAGACCAAGCAGUCCAUAACAGGUGACACUGCUUUUUAAUUUGAGUUGAAGGCACAAAAUGGCAUCAGUUCAUUUGGUGAUGAUGCCUUACAAUAGAAAAUAAUUGACAGUAAAAAAUAAUCAUGACUAUAUGAAGUCAACUUAAGUCCUGGAAUUAUUCAUUCUGGUGACUUAAGUCCAAUAUAAUAUAUGUUCCACUCAAAUUUCUGUAACUUCCAGAUGAUGACUAUAAGAGUAUUGAAACUGCUUGAAGAAUUCAGACACUAGAAGUCAGUACAAUGUGUUUCUUAGUAAACUUAGUAAAGGCUGUAUCUGAGUGAAUAACAUCUAGAAAGGAGAGUGAAAAGCCCAAUCAAUUGCCUAUAUGUUAUUUUUUUCAAGAUGAUAUUGGGUACUUGGAAAUAUCUAGUUUGUGGAGAAAACUAUGUUGAUGAUCAGUUGAAUUGUUCACUUUUCAUCUGAAUACUUUACUAUUGUAGACACUGCCCCGGUGCAUUCACUUCUGCAUUACAGAGUUAUAUGAAACCUCUGUCUCCAAAUGCCCAUUUCAAGUUUCCUUCAAGAAACUAAAGAAAUGGGUGAUUUUUUUUUACAAAGUAAGUUGUACUGUUUAAAGAAGAACGUUUUGCAUAUUUUAUUAAGAUGGACAGUUCUUUUUUAGGCUGAACUGAGAUUCACCUGAAGCUUUUUAAUCAAUAUUUUAAUCUUCGACCACCAGAGUUUUUUAUGAUGAAAAUAAUUAAGCUGUCUGAAAGAUGUCGUUUUAUUGGAAGUCUAUUUGAGUAACAUUUAAAAGUAUUUACCUUUUACUGUUUAGCAUUUCUCUUGUUUUAUUAUUAUCAAUGUUUAUCUAUUUUUCAAUUAAUUUAAUACAGUUUCUAAUGUGCAAUGACAUCUUGUCUGGAAACCACUUUGACCUCAAACAUUCAAUACACCUGAAAGAAUGACAACCAAGAAAUAAUAAGAUGCUAUGCAUAUGAUUCUUCUUGGCCAUUGAUGAGCAGGACAAUAUAGACAUAGAAAAGACUCACCAACACAUAGUCAUCAAUUACUAAAUUAAAUUUUAUAUUUGGAUUUUUCCUUUUAUUCAAUUAUUCUAUAACAUCAUCUGCCUUCUUAUAUUUAUUGAUAGAUUUGAGCAGUAAGUUGGCCUGGCACUUUUAAAAUCAUAGAAUAUUAAUUAAUCCUGACAAUAAAGUAAGAUUUUCCCUUAAGGAAAAAAAGAAAACAAUAGUUUUGGGAGAAAAAAAAGAGUUCUUUAUGAAUAUUUAACAUUUUGUCUUAGAAAGAAAAAUAGUUAACUAGGACAAUUGUUCUGGAAAGAUGAUAUCUGCACAUGAAUUUUCCCCUUCAGUUGAUAAUAUCUUUCUUCAUUAUAGAAAAAAAUUGGGAAUGUUAUAAAGCCAACAUAGAAAAGCUAAUUUGAAUUAUUAAAAUAAUAAAGAAAGCAAUCUUCUUGCAAAACCAUGUGGCCAGGCCAGUGUUCAUAUCCACCUCUCAUAUUUAAUUCUAGGGUGAAUUACAUAGAAAUAGUUCUAUAGAACUCCUUGAGGGCUGGCCACAAAAAUACAAUUUGUCCAAAGCCAUUCAAAGAUUCAACUUUGAGUGAAACUUUACACUUGACUUAAAUUCUCACAUAUAAAAAGCACAGAUUCAUUUUUGAGUUCUGAUGAUUGUAAAGAUUCUUUUGUUCUCGUGAAAUUUUCUAGGCAUGGGCAUCUCAUGCAGGUUAAAAGGAAAAGAUUAAGAGCUUUGUGGUUUCAACUGUAAUUUUGUCAACAAAAUUUUUUCAAUUGCUAGGUAAGGUCCUAGUAAGGGCAAAUUUAAUUUAAACUCACCCUGUCUGAAAAGUGGUUCUGCAAACUCAUCUAUCAUAUUCCAGAUUCUUUAAGGAAAAUGUUGACAAUAAAUCCCAUAAAAAGCAACAACAACAACAAAAACAGCAACUUUGGAUCAACCCCAAACUAUAUUCCACAGCUUUUACCAAAACCACACUUAUUUACUAAUCCCCUUGAAGAGCAGAACCAGAAAAAUAUCUUGUCUUUUAACACCAUGGAGAGACAAGUGUUGAUCCUGACUCUAGAAGUCUGAAAUCAGUUUCCUUUAAGUAUGUAUAUAUGACAGGUUUUUUCCAUUUAAUCUUCUAUGAUCAAAUUUUAAAAGCUAAUUUUUCAAAAUGACCAUGAGACAAGAAAUUCUAAUGGUAAAACCUCAAUGUCUUGGAGCUAAGUAAUUGUGAACUACUGAUUGUAAAUUCCAUUUAAGUGAAGAAAAUCAAGUUAAUCCAGAUACAACACUGCUUCUUGCCUCCACUAAAAGGCUGGAAAUAAAGGUAGGAGCAAAGGAAGUGGCUCUCUUCUAUUAACAAGAAACGACUUUGCUUUGUAAAUAAUAAAUAUAUCCUAGCGAGAUACUGGAGCCAUAGACAAUUUAAAUUCCUUAUCUAAGAUCAUGGGACUCAUAAUUUUAGAGGUAGGAUAUGAACCUGUGUCUUUUUUACUCCAAAUUGAGUACUCUGCCCAUUCUACCACUCCGCAAUAUAAUUACAAUAAUUGGUAUUAUUAUUUAAAUAGUUUAUUUAAUUAUUUAAAUAGUAAGACCUCACAGCAACCCUGUGAUAACCAUGAGUAUUACAUUGGCCAGUAUUCCAGUGAGGACACUGAAGUUCAGAGAGGGAAGGAAACUAUCAAGGAAACACAGUUAUGUCCUGAGUAGUGCAAAUGAUUAAGUCUCAUGAAGUUAUCGUAUUAUUCAAAUUCCCACUGAAUAAUUUUCUUGGGCUGGAAUCAAUUAGCAUAUUUUAUAUAAUUAUUUUAGUGCAAAUUUGAAUAUAUGUGAUACCACUUUAUAAGAUUCCUUAUUCACACUAAUUAGGCCCUAAAUGCAAGUAACAAAAGUCGGUGGUAGAGGACAAAUCUUCUAACUCUAAGUUCAGAACUCUUUGUUAGAUGAAACCUCCCUUAAUCACCAAAGGAUGUCAGGCAUGGAAAGAAGUAUGCCUGAAAGUAUGGAUGUAGAAAAAGGAGUAAGAGAUCUAAUAUCCAGUGUGAGAAACUCCAUUCAAUAACUAAUCAUACAUUAAACACCUACAGAAAAUAAA